AAACACCAACGUCCCGAAACUACAACGUAAUUACAUCAUCACCUCCGGUUUGUACGGCAAACUAUUAUAGAGCGUUACUUAAAGCCGACCCAAGGGCCAAUACUAAUGUGACGCAAGCUUCGGUAACUAACUUGUUCAACACAAAGGAUCCGAGAUCGCGCCGCAUAAUUCCGCCAUGCAAAUCCUAUCCCGCAGCACCCGUGCCGUCCUCAUCCCCGUGCGCCCUCUAAGCCCCUUUCCCAUCCCUUCCUCCCCUUCCUCCCCUUCCGUAUGCCGUGCGUGCCAGAGAAGAUCCCUGCAGCACAUCUCUACUACCCCGGCUCUUCGUCGACACGCUUCUACCAGCACCACAGGUACACCUACUACUCAUCAGCUUCCUUCAUCCUCAUCCUCCCUGCUCCUACCACCUCCUCCAUCUGCCUACGCGCGUCUGACCUCUCGUUGCUUGAUAAGCAUCGCUGGCCCCGACGCCCCGAGGUUCCUGCAGGGCAUCGUCACGCAGUCCGUCGUCGACGAGCCCAGCACUAGCGGCGGCGCGCGGCAUCGACAAAAUGCGCCGAAGCCUACCACUAGCAGCGCGAAUCUUCCAGGUUUCUACUGCGGGUUUCUGAAUGCGAAGGGGCGCGUGCUACAUGAUGUGUUCAUCUACCGGGACACGCUAGGGCUCGGGGGCGGAGCUGACGCUGUAUCAUCAGCAACAGCAACAGCAACGGGGGCAGCAAAUGGUGGGGAUAGCUUUAUUAUCGAAGUAGAUGCCACUCAGGCCGAAACGUUGGCGCGGCAUAUCAAGCGCUACAAGCUGCGGAGCAGAUUCAACUUCCGCAUCCUGGACCCGGACGAGUGCGCCACCUGGCAGGUGUGGGAUGGUAGUGAAAAUCACAAUAUGCCGUUCACACAGACGACGACACCAACGCAACCAUCACUGGCACUACCGCGCUUCGCGCACCUCAAGAGCAGCAUCGUUCUUCCCGACACCCGCGCCCCGGGCAUGGGCUUCCGCGUACUAAGCCCCGGGUCCCGAGGCGACAGCAGCGGCCUAGACCUGGACCUCGAGCAGACCUCCGACACCGCGUACCGCGUGCGCCGGUACCUGCACGGCGUGCCCGAGGGCCAGUCCGAGAUCCUCGGCGGCCACGCGCUCCCGCUCGAAGCCAACCUGGACGCCAUGGGCGCCAUCGACUUCCGCAAGGGCUGCUACGUCGGCCAGGAGCUGACCAUCCGCACCAAGCACCGCGGCAUCGUGCGCAAGCGCAUCCUACCCUGCAUCUUGUACCCAGCAGCGGAGGGGGAGGAGGAGCAAGGAGCGCGGAUCCCCCAGAGGCUGGAGUAUAGGCCGUACAUCGGGCAUGAGGGAGACGCGCAAGGCAGCACCGAAGCGCUGCAAGAAGGGGGUAAAACAGGGGGAGUGCUAUCGGCCGAAGACGUCCCCCCGAACCGAAGCAUAGGCCGCCUCGGCGGCGCCAAGGGCCGCGGCGCCGGCACCUGGCUCUGCGGCGUCGGAAACAUCGGCCUCGCCAUGUGCCGCCUGCCGAUCAUGACCGACCUCGAGUUGCCCUGCGAGACGGCGGGCGCCCCGUACAACCCGGACGCGGAUGAGUUUGUGGUUAAGUGGACUACCAAGCGGGAGCAGGAGAUAUUGAUGUGGGAAGAUGGGGAAGUAACGGAAGAUGGGGAGGGGUUGGUGAAGGGCGAGGGGGGAGAAAAGGAGAAUGCCGCCCAGGCUGUCAGGAUCAAGGCGUUUGUGCCCGAGUGGCUGAGGGAGAGGACGCGGAUGGGCGUUAAAGGAGCAGGUGCAGGAGGGGGAGAGGAAUCGAAAUGAACGAAAUGAACCACGUUGCUGGCUGGCUGUAUGAUUGUACGACUGUAUGAAUAUAUGGCUGCAUCACCGCUCUACGUUAAUGGCAUCAGGUAGUCCAAGCAUGUACUUACCUAAUACUGUAUUGUACAAUACUUGACGGAUUCCGGCCAAGGGGAUAUCGCAUGGCUGAGGUAUAGGGGGGCAAAAGGGGGAAUCAAAAGCAUACAUAGUAAUACAUAGUAUCCAAUUCCAAUCCAACUACAUACCAGACUUGCGUGAUGUGUUUAGUUUACU